AUGCUCUCCAGAUCACCACUCCCAGGGCCAGAAAUACCUAAUCUCGAUGUGAGCAUCGGAUCACUUGCUCACAUGACAACUAGUCGUCUGGAGAAGGUCAAAGCGGCAACGCUUCUUGACCCAUUACUUCAAAAGCUCACUCGUCAGGUCAUGAUUGGUUGGCCCGAGCACCGACAAAAUUGUGAAUCUAGCCUUCACCAAUUUUGGAACUUUCGUGAUGAAAUUUCAAUAAUUGAUGGCAUUCUCAUGAAAGGUGAUCGUAUAAUCAUACCUGAAACAUGUCAAGAAGAAAUUCUUCGUCAGAUUCACACUGGACAUCAAGGCAUUGAGAAAUGCAGGCUCCGUGCCAGACGAGCCGUCUACUGGUGUAAAAUCGACAAAGAUAUUGAGGAUAUCGUCAAGAGAUGCCCUACAUGCCAACACCACCAAGUCUCCAACUCGAAAGAGACUAUCAUUCAACAAGAAGCUCUCAGACCAUGGGAAGUUGUUUCAACAGACUUGUUCUACUGGAACAAUGCAAAUUACUUGUUAACCAUUGACAACUUCUCUUCAUAUUUUGUUCUGAGAAAACUAUCAUCAACUCGCUCAUCAGAUGUGAUCAACAAGCUCAAAGUUAUAUUCUCAGAGUUUGGCAUACCACGCAAGGUUAUAAGCGACAAUGGACCACAAUACUCUUCGCAAGAGUUUGCUAACUUCAGUACCGAAUACGGAUUUGAACAUUCAACAAGCAGUCCGCACUAUCACCAAGCAAAUGGCAAAGUUGAACGUUUUGUUGCCACUGUAAAGAACACUCUWCAAAAAUGUAAUGAAACAAAAGAAGACCCAGCAAUGGCACUCCUAGCUGUUCGUAACACUCCAAUUGCCUCUAAUCUACCUUCGCCAGUACAACUCAUGUUUCAACGCAAAAUUGAUGAUGGACUUCUAUUAAAAUCUUCUACUCAUGACAACUCAUCUGAAGUUCUCACUCAACACAGGCAACGCCAUAUCCAACAAUACAACAGCAAAGCACAUGACAAGCCAGACCUUGAAAUUGGCCAAAGUGUUCGCAUACAAAACCCUACUACCAAACUAUGGGACCCAGCUAUUGUCACACAAAAGCUAUUAGAGCCAAGAUCUUAUGAAGUGGAAGCCAGCAAUGGAGCAACCUAUCGCCGUAACAGAAGGCACAUAAACACUACAGGAGAAGUCUUUACAAAGAAGGAACCACCGACAGAUGAUACACAAGAACCAACACCAGAUGCCAAGCCCAUUGUAUCUGCUCAAGAUGUUCCACCUGGAGCCACUAUUACCCGAUCAGGACGCAUUAGCAAACCACCAAAGAAACUUGAUUGUUGA